UAUCUAGUUUUUUUGGCAGUAAAAAACAGCAAAAAAUUACAUUUACUUGAAUUAAUUUGAAAAUAGCCCUCCUUUGAUGGUAUUUUUAUGAAAUAAGCUAAACCAUGAUACUAAAACCGUAUCUGGACGUCGAGGCAGUCAAUAAUUAUUGAAAGUUCAAACACACCUAACGGAGCUCAUGUAAGUUGAUUUCUUUUACAAUCAGAACUCUUGCACUUAAAAUUAUGAAAAAAACACCAAAAAAAGUGGUCAGGUGUGUUUUAACUUGCAAUAAUUCUUACUUACUUAGUUAAAGAAUAAUUUAAAAAAGGUCCACCAGGGAGCGCAUGGGCACAGAAAACAGAACUCGGUUGGAGCUUAAUCGGGACAUUACACACAACCAUGAUGAUACCUCACUAGUUGUCAUGCAUCAUUCAGUUACCGCAGAGGAACGAACCCGGGACCUUCGGCAUAGCAGUCAGGGUCACUAACCACCAUUCGGUCGUCUAAAUCUUCAUCCCUUCUUUUUUAUCCACUAUCAGAAUAAAAUGAUUUUUAGCUUAUCUGAAAAAAACACGUCAAUCCAUGCAGAUUUUGAUACGAUACCUUCGACUUCUAAUUCAAACUAGUCAAAAAACAGCGUCCCAGUGGCAAUCAAAAACAAGAAAUCAUCACUGGAUACACAUGCAAUUGUUGGCAACACGGUAAUUGCUAUCGCAAGUGCGAUUUAUUUUAUUUAUGUUUCAUAUUUACUUUCACACUUUGUUUAUGAUUUUCUCUGUCAUGUCCACAAUUUCGUUAAUAUGAGUUAUCACAACGUAUUGCGCUUUUAAAAUCACCGACGCACUUUUUCUUAAAUAGCAGUUUUUAUAUUAUUUUCUCUGGUUUUUAUAUUGAUUUCGGCUCUAUCUCUUUUUUUUUAGAUACUUUGUUGCACAAGAAGUUAUAAUCUCAUCCACACUGAAAUAUUUAGCACUUCAUCAAUCUAAUACUCAUUUUCAGAACGCUUGCGCUUUCGCUGCUUGAGUAACGUGAGUAGGUCACAUUUUCUUAAGGAAACAUCAAAUUGCACCUUCUGCCUGUCUUUGCAAACAGGCCUAUAUGGCAUUAUCCGUAAUUAUUACAGAUCUUUGAGUUAAAUUUGGCAAUAAUAAAGUGUUGAGCCCCAACCUGUGAUAAUAUUGGACUGGACCAUGGAACAACUGGUUUAGCGUAGCACUGGUUUAGAAAGGGAUAAAGUGUCGGUGUAUGUUCUUGUAUUUUCGACAAGAUUCCUUUCCAAACUAUUAAACGCAUUCUGCAGAUCCAACUUAACAAUGACGUCAUGCGAACCAUUCUGACAGCCAACUUCGGCAAAAUUGUGAGUGGCAUGAAUUGCUGCUUCGCAGCCCAACGCUCUGUGCCGUAACCUAAUUGAUGAGGUUGCAGGUAUGUAGAGACUUCUGACUUUACUGCUUUACAACCUAGUUUGGCCACCAGCCGUCAAAAUACAGAGCCAACAGCAAUAGGUCGUAUUCCUCCCCCGCUUUUCGUGAGUGCACAAAGAGAAGCGCCAUAUAAAAACGGGCAGAUCUCUAGAUUCAGCAAUUCUUCUAAAAGGAAAUUGCUUCCAAGAGGCGCUGCCCGUUAUCACCCGCGAAAACAGAAAUUAGCUCUUUCAGGUGUUGUGGCCGUAGUCUAUCCAGGCCAGCGGCGGAACCACUACAAAAUGAGCUUAUGGUUUCCGCAACCUCACACACAGUCCCCUGUUCCCUUGGACCAAAGGAUAAACAUUGAGCAAAGAAUCAGAUAAUCAGGUUAUGUUCUCCUUUACCUUGGCUGUAAGAGAACGUGGAUCCUCGGCGCUGGGGGCCCUUAGGGCAAUAUAUGCAACAUAAGUCAGCAACUCACACCACUCCCCACAACCAUUGGCCUGAAGGCAGGCGUCAAUAAGCUGAACCUGCCGGCCGGCAGCUAAGCACCUAGCGCCCUUAGGGUCAAUUCAGACGUACCACAACCAUACCACAGCCACAACCACGCCGUGUGGUCGGGCGUAUAUUUUGUAUUGAAAAUGAAUAAUCCAAUUCGCACGUGCCACAUUUUGCCGUUGUUAUCGACCACCUGCGUAAUACGACCACAUCGCAACCACAUCGCGUCGGCAACGCCGCGAGUAUGAUGAGAUCAGGCACCUUGCAUGUUCUCAGAAGAAUCUAGUGUUUCCAAAAUUCCCACUGGCUUUUAGUAUUUCGGACGGACUUGUCUAUCCUUCGGGGCAUGCUCUGCGGAUGGUCAUUGAGUUCCUGGCUGGAAAGGCGUCAAUUGCGAUGCUGUCUCUGAAGAUCCUCUGCAACUUUCGCUCAAUCAAACGCUCGUACACGAAAACCACCGUUGCCAGGGCCAUGGCGAAGACUCGAAAACGAGGGUGACGUGCGUGACGGUGGUGAUGAAGAUGAUAAUAAAGAUAUAGAAAUUCUUGCUCGUUAGUAUUUAUAUUAAAUAGAAGUAUUAGUAUUUUACAAGAGGUUUAGAAAUUAGAUUUAAGAAUGAAGAAUUAAGAAUUAUUAAUUAAUUAGUUUAGGCUCUAUGGCCGGCGCUCGUAAUAAGGCGGCGUCGGCGUGAACAAUUGGUAAAGAAAACAUACAGUGUUUCUUAAUAUUACUUAAAAAUUUAAUUAAAUAGUUUAUCACACACCAAUGAAGUUUUCACAAAAAGUAAAAACAGUUCGAAGCUAUAUCCUGUAUUCAUUCUUAUUCGGCACAAAAAGUACAAUCCUUGUGUGUCCUCCUAAUCAAAACACCAUUAAACAAAUAAACUACAGCGAAAAUAAAUGGUUUAGUUACAAAAUCAAUCAUUUCUGCUUGUAAGUAUUUCACCCGCCAUUAUGUUCCAUUUUAACACUUAGUUUUAAAUUAAUUCUUAAAAUAAAUUAAAAUAAAAAGACACAAGAAUAAUAAUGUCAAAUAUGAUCGAAGUCAAAAUCAAAUAAAAUGUAUAAACUCAUAAACUAAACGCCUUGAAUAGUAUGUGGAACAUAAUAAGUUAUUAUCUCCUCAUACGACUGGGUUCAGGAGAUCUUGCCUAGACUGUUUAGCGAGACUGAUCUCACAUAUACAACUUGGAUUCACUAAGAAUUAUGCUACUUUGGCUUGCUUCCUGGAUAUUGAAGGUGCUUACAACAAUAUUAUAAUCGAUAGAGCUCUGACAAUACUGGAUAGGUUGAAAGUAGGGGCCAACAUAAUAUGUCUAUACCUUUGGGAGUAUCUAAAAGAAAGACAUCUUCAAAUUAAAACCGAUGAAGAAAACAAUAUAGUACAUAUCAGAUGGACAAGCAAAGGUAUUGCCCAGGGUGACCCCAUAUCCCCUCUACUGUUCAACUUAGCCACUAUUGAUAUUUGUCGUAACAUUAAGGAUGCAUUUAUAGGGCAAUACGCCGAUGACUUGUGCUCUAUGCAAAUAACAACAAACUUCCUCGACUUCAUCAUUUGGUUUGUUCUGCUAGGGUACAAUAGCUAGCUCUGGGUACAAUAACAUGGCAUGCCGCUUUUGACAGAUGACGCUUUUGAAAUAUGACCGACACCGCUUCCCAUCAUGUCCGAGUCUCAAGCACACGGUGCAAUCUUUUUUUUUUCGUGUUUUUUUUUAAUAUGUGGGGAGUGUGGGGAUUGGACCUCGUCGGGGAUGAGGAGUGGUGGAAUUUGUGGGCGAUCAGUUAUAUUUCUGCCCAUUGGCCAGCUUUUGCAGGGCAGCUGCCUAGUAGCUCUUGCAUAAUUUGGAUUUUCUCCUCCUGGCUUUUGCAGGGGUACUCGAGGUGGAACUUUCGAUGUGUUUUCAACCAACAAUCGACUGACCCUAGGUCUCGGGUGAAAAGUUUUUGUAUCAUUUUUAACUUCAGGCCAAUCCCCAUUAAAUUUGAGAAAACUGGAUAUUUGAAAUCGCUAACAGUCACUUGUAAACCUUGUUCCUGGUCAUAGGUGAAGGCCAUACACGCACUACUGUAAUGAUGACCAGUUUUGAACUCUGGUUCUGAAGAGUGGGGUCGUGAUGUAGAGAAGGAAUCUACCGACGGGCUGGCCCUUUGAGGAGCUUGACCUUAUUUUACUGACUCUUAUUUUCAUUGAUUGCAAAAUUUCUGAAAACAAGGUUAUUCAAUUAAAAAGUUACGUAGGUAGCUUUGAUAUUGGAUUGCUGCGCUGGACCGGCAACCGGCAGGUAGCCGGUAGUGGCUGGAUUAGGAAGGCCGAGGGCACAGUUUUGUUUAGCUCCUUGGGAGAGCUCUAUGUCUAGAAGUGGACGCUUAUUUGGUAGUGAAGAUGAUCAUUAUACAACAUAAUAAUAGGUGCAUUGGUACUUACUUCGUCGUUGGAGGCAGUAAGAAAGGUUCUAGUUUUAAAGCCAACACACGAGCCACAUUUUUUGAGACUUGGAACCUAUCCAAGAACGAGUUCUCAUCCCAAGUUGCGAAUCUAUCAGUUCUCUGAAAGUAUAAUUUCUCUUCAUAUUUCGUAAGUUCCGUACAUAUUUCACCUCAAUCUAAUCUUCUAAGGAACUUUUUUCAAGCGCUAUUUCACCUAGGAACGAUAUUUUAUUUAUUAUUUAUUUUAUUCGGAAAACUAGCGACUAUUACAAUGUUGAGUAACAUAUUAAAAUAAAUAACAGCUAGUCAUUACAAGUUUCCACUGGUAGGAAUUAACAAAUUAAAAUAAGUAAGUACUUAAGAAUAUUGUACAUAUAUGUACUUAGUACAAGUUCACUUGUGCUUAUUUUAUUAAAUAAGAUGAUAAGAAUUAUUUAAUAUUAAUAUUUGUACGUAAUACUGAACAAUUUAGGUUAUACAACGCGUUUGACAGCUACCUGACUUUAACAAAAGCGCUAACCAGUCAACAUGGGGUGGUUAUGAUUAUCGUUAAAGUUAUGACGUCAUUUUAACCAUAGUUCAAUGGUGCAACCAAUUUUUCGCUUCACCGAUGCUUUGACGGACGAUUUGACGUUUGUAAUCGUUAAAGUUAAAUGGUGCAACCCACCCUUAGUCGUUCGUUAGGAUAAUAGUGGAACUUAUUUAUUGUACAGAUAACUAACUGACUUUUGAUCUGGCCAUUCAAAAAUCGGCGCUUAUCGAUCGUACUAGGUAAAACGGAAGACGACGACUAUUAACACAAAUAUUUAAGUAUUAUUAAUUCAAUAAUUAGCAUUAUUAAGUUAUUAAAAUUAUUAAAAAGAACUUGACAAGCAAUUGAUGGAAAGUUAAAACGAUAUAUAUAUAUUUGUAUUCCUGAACUUGUUUCCCAUGACGUUCACACAUAAGUCUGGGUUGGUUGGUUGUUGUUAUAAAAUUGCAAGUAUUAAAUACAAACAAUGAAAUCAUUUGCAGCUUCUGUAGCUGCUUAUUUUACAGAUCCUAAAUACCCUUCGAUGGGAUUGGCCAUUGUAUUUUUAAAAUCUUGUGGGCUAUGGAAGCUGAAGAAAGUUCAUUACAUCAUACCAUUUUGCCUAUUUAUCACUUUCAUGAGUCAGAUUCUGUACAUGCUAUUUUCUAAACGUAUUGCUCAUUUUUUCUUAAACUUGUUUCAAACGGGAUUUUUCCAUCUGGGGCUCAUAAAGAUGGCACUUUACUUUUAUAAUUUGCCAAAAUGGAUGGAAACUUUCAACUGGCUUUCAGAGACUGAGCUUCAACAACAACAAGAUGAACAUUUGAAGGGCAUUGUUAAAAGAAGUACUAAGUACUGUAACACUGUAGCAUGGGCCUGGGUCAUUGGAAGCUAUUCAACAUGGACAUUCAAUUACGGGGAAAAUUUAUUGAUGGUUAUAGUUCAAAUUGAAACAUUGCACGAAAUUGAUCCGACCUACAUUACGUUUUAUUUGCUCUGGCCUACGGAACCUGCUACCGGAAGGUGGAAUGUUUACCCAUACAUAAUUGUGCAGUUUCUAUAUUCAUUUUUCACCGUUACCUAUUUGACUGUGUUCGAUAUCUUGUGUGUAUCAACUAUGAUAGCUAUGGCUGGACAAUUAGAAGCACUGAGUGAGAUGUUUCGACGAGCGCUGGACACGGAUAGUGAAGAGGAUCAGUAUCGUAAUUUAAUAAACUGUUACAAACGCUACGCCGAUAUACUUUUCACACAAAAAAGAUUGAACAAAAUAAUGUCGCCCAUUCUCUUCAUGUAUUUGCUGAUUGCAUCUAUAAAUAUGAGUCUUAUACUAUUUAGUUUGGCAAACCUCAAAAAAUCAUCGAAGAUUGCGUCGCAAGUGCUAGUUGUAUCAUUAGUGGUUGAAGCUUUUUAUUACUAUUGGCACGGACAUCAAGUAAUGCAUCAGAGCGAGAAUAUAAGCGCAGCGGUAUACGACUCUGACUGGGUGGAUAAGAGCCCUAAAAUUCGUCGACUUGUCUACAUCAUGUCUUCGACGGUCAACAGGAAAUUCGUUUAUAACGCCGGCCCUUUCAAUGAAGUCACAGUUAUUACUUUUAUCCAGAUCGUGAAGGUUACGGUCAGCUUUUACAAAUUAAUGUGCACAACGACAUUGUCCGACGCAGGCUCUUAAUUUUUUUCUAUUCUAAUUCUUUCAUUAAUCUUGAAUUUAGGCAUUGAAAUAUUUAGAUUUAUAAGCACAUUAUAUGCACAGUUUACACAGAAAGUAGAUUUGUUAACUUUAUACCUACAUAGAGAAAGAUUCUCUUAGCGACAUCUUUUUCACGCAUCACCGAAGAACAAAAUGAGAAUGCAUAAUAAAUGAAUAUCACAAUAAAUAAAUUUCACUUACGUAAAACCUGUUUGUAUUGUUAUUUUUUUUAUCCUUAUAAACAGAGGCUAUGCUAGGCUUCUUAAUGUAAUUUUAAUAUAGGAAUUUGUAUUGUACCUUAUAUUAUAUCAUAAGAUUUUUGUAAAUGAAAAUGAAAUAAUUUUACUAAUAGUAGUGAAAGUAUCAUCUCAUAUUUUUUUUCAAGCUUGAUUAACCCUACUCGUGGCCGAUAUGCGAAGUUGAAUUGAAUUUACUUUUUUCAUAAUAACAAUAAUUUUUACUUGUUGGUAGAUCAUACUCUUACCACCGAAUUCGUACAGCUUUUGAUCAUUUAAAAAAAGGUUUACUAAUGUUUCAGACAUUUUUUUUUCUUUUUUAUUUUCUUAGUUAGCAUUUUAUAUCCGUAAAAAACGAUAUUGUCCUUGGAAUUUAUAAGUUGGAAGCUAUAU